AACCUAAAACAUAUAUACACCCUGCCUGAUGUCACAAGAUAUGAUGCGAUCAUAUAUCAAAAUAUUUCCUUAAACAAAUGACACUGUCUACGUGUCACAGCGAUACCACACACGGGACUAUAAAAUGAAAUACAUCCAAUUACUUUUGCUUGUUCGGAAUAUUGCAUCUGCGUGACGUUUCCUGGCCGGAGUUAAAGGGUGAAACCCAAAGGAGGAAGAGACCGUGAGUUAGCAUUAGCAGCAUUUGGGCAGGGAUUCCCCGGUUAGCCAGUCAACCAGUUUCCUGACAGGGAAAGGGGUUUAGUGCGAAUUGUGAGUUUAGUCAUCUACUGCCAUUUGAAGUACCGCUUCAUUAUUUUGUGAAAGAUGGAUCUGAAAUGCAUUUUGUCACAAAUGGAAAUGGACAAUGAGGAAGAAACCUCCCGGCUUCUCCAGCAGUACAACCGAGAGAAUAAUCGCACUUUCACAUUUGAACAGAAGGAAGAGGAGAAUAGAGUUAGGCUGUGCCAGUCCCUGCUGAGGGUUCUGGGGACGGCGGUGGGACGGGCCUGCCAGCGCACCUGCCUGGAGACGCUGCGCAUCCUGUCCCGGGACCGGCGGGUGCUGGGGCCCGUGGGCACCCGGGAGGGGGUGCUGCUGCUGGCGCGGCUGGCGGGCCUGCCCACCGCCCACGGGGAGGUGCUGGCCGAGAUGGGGGCGGAGCAGGAGGAGGAGCGGGAGGAGGAGCAGGAGCGCGUGGCGGUGGAGGCGCUGAAGUGCCUGUGCAACGUGGUGUUCAACAGCGCGGCGGCGCAGCAGGCGGGGGCGGAUGUGCGGCUGGCGGGGGGGCUCUGCGCCAGGCUGAGGGCCGACCGCGCCCCCCCCCACGAGGUGCGCCUCUUCUCCCUGCGCCUCCUCUUCCUGCUGUCGGCCCUGCGCACGGACGUGCGCGCCUCCCUGCGUGACGAGCUGCGUGCCCUCGGCCUGCUCACACAGGUGCUGGAGCGCACCCUGGACGUGCGCUGGGCGGGGCCCUACGAGGCCGCCGCCCCUGACCCACAGGCCCCGCCCAUCCCCGCGGAGGCCAGCGAGCGCGCCAUGGAAGCGCUCAAGGCCCUGUUCAACCUGACUCUGUCUGACACCACGGUGGAGGAUGGCGCUCACCAGCUCCGCCUCAUCUCUGCCAUCAUGCGCCACCUCCUGCUGCUCAGGGCUCAGACAGAGGAGAAAACAGAGGAGGCACACAGCCACGCUGUGAAUCUCCUGAGCAACCUGCCGGUGUCCUGCCUGGACGUGCUGAUUGACACGCCCGUGCGGGGGGGCCUCCCCGAGUAUGGGGGGAGGAACAUGGAGGUCGUGCAGGUGCUGCUGGACUUCAUGGAGAAGAGGAUAGACAAGGCGACAAACUAUAAGGAGGGGCUGACGCCCGUGCUCACCCUGCUGACUGAGGGGUCCCGGCACCACCGCGACAUCCGGAGGUACAUAAAGGCACAGGUCCUCCCCCCUCUGAAGGACGUGACCAACCGGCCGGAAGUGGGCACCACCGUGCGCAACAAGCUGGUGCGGCUCAUGACGCACGUGGACAUGGGCGUGAAGCAGAGCGCCGCCGAGUUCCUGUUCGUCCUGUGCAAGGAGAGCGUGGACAACCUGCUGAAGUACACGGGCUACGGCAACGCCGCGGGGCUGCUGGUGGCGCGCGGGCUGCUGGCCGGUGGCCGUGGCGACACCGAGUAUUCUGAGGACGAGGACUCCGACACCGAGGAGUACAAAGAGGCCAAACCCUUUAUUAACCCCAUCACCGGGCACAUCGAGGAGCCCAUGCCCAACCCCAUGGAGGAGAUGACCGAGGAGCAGAAGGAGUACGAGGCGCAGAAGCUGGUCAACAUGUUCGACAAGCUGUCCAGACACCAGUUCAUCACCCCGAUGGGAAUGAAGCCGGACGGCACUCUGGCACCCCUUCAGGAAGCAGUCAGCCAGUGCACCGUGGAAAGCUGCAGCUCCGAUUCAGACUAGCCCCGCCCACCACCUACAGGCCCCGCCCACUGCCCCGUUUGCCCCAGGUAUUCCAGACUGCCCCGGCCCCGCUGGUCCUCCAGGGGGAGCUGAUUUAGCCCCCAGCACUGCUUCUGGAUCAGCGUGAACAUGUAACUCUGACUUAGGGGGAAAGGACUUGGGCUGGCUGCACUGAUCCUGGAACUAUUGGGGGCUCAAAAUUCUGACAUUCCAGUGAGUCUGUAAGAAAAACAGGAAUUAAAUGUACUGACAGCAGUGGGAUCAGAAAUGGCACAUUAAACCACAGACAGGGUGUCAGUGAGCCCAGUCUGUGCUCUGAGAGACAUUAAACCACAGACAGGGUGUCAGUGAGCCCAGUCUGUGCUCUGAGAGACAUUAAACCACAGACAGGGUGUCAGUGAGCCCAGUCUGUGCUCUGAGAGACAUUAAACCACAGACAGGGUGUCAGUGAGCCCAGUCUGUGCUCUGAGAGACAUUAAACCACAGACAGGGUGUCAGUGAGCCCAGUCUGUGCUCUGAGAGACAUUAAACCACAGACAGGGUGUCAGUGAGCCCAGUCUGUGCUCUGAGAGACAUUAAACCACAGACAGGGUGUCAGUGAGCCUAGUCUGUGCUGAGAGUCUGUGAGGUCUUCAUGGUCAGAGUGGUGGAGGCAGAGCUGAUCUUAUUGCCUGCAUGUGCGUUUCUGUGCUUGGCUUUGGAAGCGGGCGGUUAAGCAGGGGACCCAGCGUGCGUUAGGGCCAAACCCUGCUCCCGCCGAGCCACUGCACGCCUCACAGGUCCGCAAGUACGGCAAGCGGCGUGGGACACUCUAACAGAUACGUGAAUAUUGUCUUUUUCCACUCUAAACGAGCAGGGAGAGCUCCCACAGCCUCCCCGCAAGGAUCAUUUUGAAUUCGGCCAACGCACUCACAAGUCACCUGGUAUUAACAGCCAGGUUAGUAUGGGGAGGACAUGUAAACGUUUGUGUGGGCGUCGGCUCGGUGAUGUCAUGAUCCGCAGGGGGUGUGUGUGUGCAGCUGGGAACCUGACGUUAAUAUCCAGUUACUCUGCCUUAUUUCUAUCUAACAACUUUCAGCUGAAAUUCUUUUUAUUUCAUUUUUUUUCUGAACUGUUUAUACUGAAGGAGCUGUGUAGUGUGCGGCCCUGGUCUGCAUGAAGCCUGAUGUGAACAGUUACUGAUCUCCAGUCUUUUAAAUAGAGGCACUUUUUAAUGAAAUGUCAGAUGCUUUGGUGUACAGAUAUUUUGCACGCACGUUUCGUCCAGGCACGCUGAUUGUGCUUGUUCAGUCCGGGGUUUUAAACGCAGGCUGGAUUCCUUUUCCUUGUAUAAGCCUGGUGUGCGUGUGUGUGUGUGUGUGCAUGUGCGUGUGUGCGCGCGCGUGUGCGUGCGUACAUGUGUGCGUGUGUGCGUGCGUGCGUGCGUGUGUGUGCGUGCGUACAUGUGUGUGUGUGUGCGUGCGUGUGUGUGUGUGCGUGUGUGUGUGCGUGUGCGUGCGUGUGUGUGUGUGCGUGUGUGUGUGUGUGUGCGUGUGUGUGCGCACAUCCAGCACGAGUCCGGCUCAGUUUAGCUCUGAACUGUACACCUUGUCCACAAGAUGUUUUUAACGUGACAGCUGAAGGUUUUGGGCAGUGUGUAGAACAGAUGUUUAGAGCAGAGGCUCCUGCUUGCUCACGCUCUCAUGAAGCCAAAGCAAUGUGUCUGUGUGAGGAGAGAAAGCAGGACCCGCGGGAGGCGGCCGCUGUCUUUGCCUGCUCAGAAACGCAGGAGUACUUGCUGAUUAGCUGCUCUGCUACGUGGAGGAAUGCUGGGGGUAGUAAUGGUGAUAUUGAUACGUGGUGUGCAAUCAUUUUUCUUAUUUGUGUGCUCAAUUUGAUAGUAUUUCUUUUCCAUUAAAUAGAGCUAUACUACUGAAAUAUA